AUGACUUUGAUCUGCGUCCUCAUCUGGACUCUCCUCUGCUGCUGUUUCACAGAGUCCAGAGGACAGUACACUCUGACUCAGCCUGGAGCAGUGAGGUCUGCUCCGGGAGGCUCCGUCUCCAUCAGCUGUAGGACCAGUCAGGAUGUUUAUACUGGGAACCAUUUAGCCUGGUACCAACAGAGAGAUGGAGAAACUCCUAAACUGCUCAUUUACUAUGCUAGCACUCGUCAGUCAGGGACUCCAAGUCGUUUUACAGGCAGUGGAUCAAACUCUGACUUCACUCUGACCAUCAGUGGAGUUCAGACUGAAGAUGCAGCAGUUUACUACUGUCAGAGUUUUCACUAUCCCAACAGUCAGUACGUGUUCACACAGUUCAUCAGGAGACAUCAUCCUGACUCAGUCUCCUGGAUCUCAAUGACUUUGAUCUGCGUCCUCAUCUGGACUCUCCUCUGCUGCUGUUUCACAGAGUCCAGAGGACAGUACACUCUGACUCAGCCUGGAGCAGUGAGGUCUGCUCUGGGAGGCUCCGUCUCCAUCAGCUGUAGGACCAGUCAGGAUGUUUAUAGUGGGAACCAUUUAGCCUGGUACCAACAGAGAGAUGGAAGAACUACUAAACUGCUUAUUUACCUUGCUAGCAUUCGUCAGUCAGGGACUCCAGGUCGUUUUACAGGAAGUGGAUCGAACUCUGACUUCACUCUGACCAUCAGUGGAGUUCAGACUGAAGAUGCAGCAGUUUACUACUGUCAGAGUCUUCACUAUCCAAACAGUCAGUGGGUGUUCACACAGUGA